CAAAUUAGCAGUUAUCCAGUGAACCGCCCGGUCGGCCGAAUUUUUUGAAGGUUACCGAUUCGGUAAAAAUUCAGAAAUGCUAAAUACACCCAAGACCCUUACCCCACCCCUGUCUCUCUGCAGAAGAACCAACCCUAAACCUUCUUCGAACGUUGCCCGCAGCCCCCAUCCCUCUUCAAAGUCAUCGUCGAACUCUUCUCCUAGAGGGUGCUGUCGCCGCCGUCAGGGACAGACCGUGGGUGCCGUCGUCGCCUGUGAAAGCUCUACUCGGCUCUCUUCACAUCGUUCCUCCUCUCCUCGCCGUCGCACGAAGGUCUGAGUUGAGUUCGUGGCCUCUCCGUCGCAAAGGGUUGCUCUGUCGUCGUCUCUUCGAGCGCUCUCUCUGUCUUUGUCCGAGUCAACGUUCCUCUUCGAGCUCUCUCUCGCCAUCGCUGCUUCUUCGCUCCUCGCCGUGGGUCGUCGCUGCUUCUCACCUCCUCAGCGUGCAUAGUUUCUGCUUCUCUGCUUCUCGCCGUUUUUGGCUGUCGCCCCUUCUCUUCUCCUCAGAUUUUAGGUAACUGUCGCACACUGUCACCGUGAGCUAACUCUGUCUCACACUCUCCGAGCUCACUUUGUCAUCGCCGUUCAUCUCUCGCCAUCUCUCCCUUCAGUUCAGUGAGUGAGUGAGCGAGUAUGAAGGUGGUGGCGCUCGUUACUGGCGGCAAAGACAGCUGCUACGCCAUGAUGAAGUCCAUUCACUAUGGCCACCAGAUAGUUGCGUUGGCGAACUUGUUCCCUGCUGAUGAUAAAGUCAACGCUGAUGAUGACGACGACGAGUUCGAUGGCUACGUGUACUAUAAGGAUAGCUACUUGUACCAUACCGUUGGUCAUGAAGUUAUUGUUAGCUACGCGGAAUGCAUGGGGUUGCCGUUGUUUAGGAGGAAAAUUCGAGGAGAGGCAAGGCAAGCUUUAUUGACAUAAAUCUGUUUUGUAGAACGUAUGAUUUUAUUUUAGGC